GCUAGGGAGAAGUUUCCACCCUUUAUAAAGAAUGCUUCGUUCUCCUUCCCAACCGAGAUGGAAUCUCACAAUAUCUUCUGACAUCCCAAUUCUAAGGACCUUACCAGUCACACCAUCACCCCAUGGGUUGUAAACUCCUAAAGUUUCAAAAUUUCUAUUCUUUCUUUAUUUUCUGCUAGAUCUUUGAAUUAUACUAUGCUGAGAAACAAUCUGAAUUGUCAUGGAUGUUGUUCACUGCAGUAAACAAAAUUGGUCUACAUAGUUGUAAAUGUUGUUUGGCUUAUUUUAUAUGAUUUUAUUGACAUUCAUUCAUUCCAAUGUUUACUGGGUCAUUGAAGAAUGGGGGAACAUUUUGUGCUGUUGGUAGAUCAGUUGCUCACAGAAUCAAACCUCGAAGCUACUAUUGAGAGAAAAAACAGAAAUUGUCGUCCUAUGGCCUCAACGAGUGCAGAUAACAUGAUAUCUUCCUUAAAUAUUGAUGUUGAAUUCAUGUCACCUUCAAGUAAACUUGUUCAGUGCAGAAUUUGUCAUGAUGAGGACGAUGAAUCAAAAAUGGAGACACCAUGCUCUUGCUGUGGAAGCUUGAAGUAUGCUCAUCGCAAGUGCGUUCAGCGGUGGUGCAACGAGAAAGGCAAUACAAUCUGUGAAAUUUGCCACCAGGACUUUGAGCCAGGGUAUACAGCACCACUCCCUGUAUUAUAUUAUGGAGAUAUUACUUCACCAGUUCAUUUCAGGGAAAGUUGGGAGAUGUCUAGACUGAACCUGCAUGUACCUGCAGGAAUGCCUGAUCACGAGUAUCCUGAUUCUGACUUUGAUGAAUUCUUCACUCCUUCUCCAAGAAGCAUAUUGUGCUGCCGCAUGGUUGCAGUAACUUUCAUCGUUCUUCUCGUUUUGCGCCAUACGCUACCAAUUGUAAUCAGUGGAGCUGGAGAGUAUUCAUUGACAUUGUUAAUGCUGCUGAUCUUGAGAAUUGUUGGAAUCCUUCUACCAAUCUAUGUCAUGGUUAGAGCAUUUACUUCCAUUCAACGACGGCGUCAUUAUCAGGAUCCCCGUCUUCGCCUCGCAACACCAGAGGACGAAAAUGACUCGACAAACCAUGCUCAAUCGCGCUUCAUCCACGUGAGAUAGCAGUACAUUCACCUCGUCUCUAAUACGACGAAACCAACGUAAGCAUAACGACGAGAUGGAAACUGGUUGGAUGUAACGCAAUAGAAGGUCAUCAACGCCAUUCAUGGUCCUUGCAGCGAGACUCGACCACGACCACUACAACAAUCACGACCCAGUUAUUUUCUGCAGUGAAGUUCAUCAUCUGUGGGAAGGCAGCUGAAACUUCUUUGGUUAAAAUCAAACUUUUCAUGCAAUGGAAUCGUUGGCUCACUUCACUCACUACUCUUUAAUGUAUAAAGUGUGUAAUGGUUAGGAAGGGAAAUCAGCAUUGCUUUCAUAUUCGCUCUUAGAAAUUAUAAGAUAGUUGUAAUUAAAUUAUGUUCUUACACUGACAAACAAACUAAAUUGUUGGGAAGUUUAAACUUCCACCUUCAUACGUCGUUGAACUCAAAAUAAUUUUUUGAAAC